GUUUAUAUUUUUAAUUUUAUGUUUUCUUAUCUGUUCGUUUAUAAAUCCAAAUAUGCAAAAAUUUUAUCAUUACAACCCGAAUCUCAGUGCUGAGUGACACCUUAUGUUUCAGAAUAGAGGCACAGUUACCGCGUGAUAUAUUAUUUACUUCAAUGAUUUUUUGUUCUGUUUACUGAGUGUUAUAAAAAAAUAUUGUCGGCUAUGUGAAAAUGAGUAUUUAUAGAGGGAGAACUGCUAAGGAAGUGUUUUUGGCAACUUUAUUAUAUGAUGCAUUAGACGACGAAAAUAUUAGUGCCAUCAAUACCUUUCUUGGAAAAAAUGCCGAUUUCAAUCUAGUUCUGCCUGGUCGUGGAAUUUCUGCCUUUCAUCUGGUUGUCGGAAAGGAAUCCGAAGAAUUCUCUACAAAAUAUACUGCUUUGCUUUUGCAAAAAGGAGCUGACCCAAAUAUCAAAACUUCCGAUGGUCUCACUAGUUUGCAUAUCUCAGCUGCCUAUGGUAGAACAGAGAAUCUUAAAUUAUUAUUGUGUUGUGGUGGCGAUCCAAAUAUUCGUGAUGUUAACUACAAGAAACCAAUCGACUACGCUGAAGAAUAUGAAUUUAAGGAGUGCAAAGACUUGCUGCUAUCAUUUAUGGAAAGCCAGCGUCUCGUCUUCAGGUCCGAUUUAGAGCCGGCCUUCAAUCUCACCCUAGAUAAGAUAUUAGUGGAGAAUGGAGGUCAUGCAGGAGAGUACGAGCUAGUGCAAGAAUAUAAGACUGAAUCCCUGACCCAGACGAAUCUCGCUUCUCUUCAACAAUUACCUGAAACCGACACUACCGAAUAUGUGAUAAAAUGGUGUCAAAAUCAUCUGCAUUCCAAUGUAUCGCCAGAAAAGUCUGAAGAAGUCGUAACCAAGACCGAAUCUACAUUGAAUAAUAGUGAUUCCCACGAAAGUUCCAACGACGAAUCCGACUGGGGCAAACGAUCUGUAGAAUACAAAGUUGUCAAUGAUUCCAUCAAGUUCCGUAAGAGGUAUGUGAAAGUUCGCAGUAAAAAGUGUGUGCAGAAAAAAACGAUCACCCCUUCUAGAUACCAAAACGUUGAAGUGAACAAUACAGCAGUUGCCUCAAAAAAUGAAAGUGGUAUAAAUAACAAAACUAAUGCUGCACAAUUCACAACAAUAAAGGAGUUUUCUGCUGAAAGUGGUAUAGUUACACUGCCGAAUUCGAAGAUUGAGGAUUUUUCCAAUGCUGAUGAUAAGGAAUCUCCAUUUUGUCCUAAUGCCCCCAGAGUAAAUGGAUGUGAUAUAACUCAAAAUUUAAACGCCUCCAUAAGUGCCUCUACGGAUUACCAUACUUGUUCAGCUGGCAUUAACUCUGCAUUACCGAACUCAACAUUUGUGAUUGAUAAAAAUGUUUUCGAAAUCACCAAUGACCUUUCAAAUCUUACGACAAACGAGGCUAAAAGCAGGAGAAGUAGCACCAAGUCUGAAGGAAUUUGCAGUAAUGAUGUCAGUUUUGUUAGUGUGUCCGAAGUAUACAAAUAUAUUGACGAAGAGGAAGGAAUAGUCUUAUUUGAGAAGCGAUUGCUGAAAACAGCGACAAGUGAUUAUGCAGGAAGUAUAGUGUCCUCAUCAAUCGGUUCGAAGCUCUCUUCUUAUCCUGCCACUGUCGAUUAUGACACUGAUACUCUGAGGAAAGAAUUGACAACACAUGGUUACAAUCCAGGACCAAUCACAUUCACAACCAAACGGGUUUAUCUGAGAAAAUUGAAACAAAUCAAAAAACACCCUCUGAGUCAAAUAACUAAUCCACAAAGCAGAAAAAUUUUUUCUGUGGAGCUAGAACGUACUCUGCGAGAUGCCAAUUGGCUGAAGGACGCAUCUGUAUACAAAACCCUAGAGGAAACAAUUGUCAAAGAAUUCAAUACUGUUAAUUAUACAAGAAAAUGGAGAGAGGGAUAUAGCAAAACAAGUUUCACUUACCUUCUCUUAGAUCCCAGGGUAACAAAUAAUUUACCAUGCAGAGCAGAAUCAAUGGAUUCUAAGGAUAUGUGGGAAGUGUUUUUAUCUUCUAUAUUUUAUGUUGGGAAGGGAAAAAGAUCCAGGCCUUAUUCUCAUUUAUAUGAGGCUGUUGGACUCUGGAAAAAUGACAAACGAUCUUCUCCCAACAAGAAGUUGAACCUUAUUUUAGAUAUAUGGAACAGUGGUAAUGGAGUCAUUUGCCUGCACAUUUUCCAAAAUGUUCUUCCCGUUGAAGCAUAUACUCGAGAAGCAGCAAUCAUAAGUGCCUUAAAACUAGAUAAUUUGACAAAUGUUAAAGGUGGCGACUUUUAUGGAAUUGCUUCCACUUGGCCCCAAAAACAGAAAAAAUUGUUAGGUGUAUAUUUAUUGUAUAAAGCAAUGAUGAUUUUUUUUAAUGAGGGAGAAAGGCAAUUGUGUCCUGCUGAUAUUGAAUAGAAAAUAAAUUUCAAUAAUGUGAAAUGGGAGGGUUGAUCUAACGAAAAGGUCUUUAGAAAAACACAAAAAUAAGUCAAACUUGAGAAAUACAAAUUUAACUAUAGUGCCUUUUUUUCCACAUUGAGUAGAUUCUUUUAAUUCGCAUUUUUUCAAUCUACAUUCAAUAAUCGAACAGAUAAGUCAAAAAAUUAUACAUUUCUUUUUUUUUUUGACAUUUUCAAUUGAUUUAAUUUGUAAUUUUCAUAGACGUAAAGACUUUAACUUCAAAGGAGGGACAAUUUUUCAAGAUUUUAAAUGAAAAAGCAUUUGAUGUUCAGUGAAGAACUGCCAUAAGGAAGCAGUUUUGUUUUCAUAUCUAGCACAUUUCAAUUAUUUGAAUGUAGUUUUUACAUCUUUACUAAUUUUUUACGUCUAUGUUAAUUUUUACAUGACCAUAUAUCGAUUCAUUAAUAAUUUAUUUUUAUAAUAUUGUUGAGAAACUGGAUUUCUAACAUAUAUCUGCAGUAUUAUAUAUAUUUUUUAUAGUUCCAUCCCAUUCUAGUAUUCUCAAUGCAUAAUUUUAUUUGAAAUGUAUGUUCAGAAUUUCAGUUUGGCAACGCUUACAUAAUGAAGUGAAUUAUAGUCAUGUCUAGUGUAUUUUUUAUAAAAAUGACCGCUAUUUUUUAAGCGUAUUUGUUAUAUCCAUGAUAUAUUUUAUAAUAAAGAAUUUGCAAUUA